AUGCGUUUCUCAAAGGCCAUCUCACUGAAGAUGUUUAUAUGGAACAACCUUUUAGGUAUAUUGACCUUCGCUUCUCCAAUCAUUUGUGCAAACACGUCACUCUUUGUUUUUCAUAAGCAAUCUGACAUUAUUUAUUCGCUUCUCUAUGUUGAUGACAUCAUUAUUAUAGGCAACAACUCUUCUCUUCUUGACAGUUUUACUUGCAAGCUUAAUUUUGAGUUCGCUACUAAGGACUUGGGUUCUCUUAGUUACUUCAUUGGUCUUGAAGCUACAUCCACCACUGAUGGUCUUCUUAUUAGUCAGCUAAAAUAUGUACCAGAAAUUCUCACGCGAGCUCAGUUGCUUGACAGCAAGCUAGUCCACACCAAAAUGGUUGUUUCCAUGCACUUGUUUGCUGAUGGUCCUCUGUUUUUGGAUCCCAAGCUUUAUAGAUAUCUCAUUGGUGCUCUUCAAUGCCCGACUAUUACACGUCCUGAUAUUGCUCAUGAUGUCAACUCUAUUAGUCAAUUUCUACAUUCUCUGACUAAAGACCAUCUCCUCGCUGUCAAAUGCAUUCUUCGCUAUAUUAAGGGCACACUGCAUUUUGGCCUCACUUUUCAUCCAUCUGCUGCUCCUGGUGCUUUAGUUACUUACUUCAAUGCAUACUAG